AUGCAGGACGCGCUGCUCGCGAUUCUCCGUGGAAUCCGCAAUGGCUCUUUCUACGGCACAAAAGUGCGCGCGCCACACGCGCUCGUGAUGAUCUUGCUCUUCCAAAACGGAUCCAUCCGCCAAAAGCUCCGUGGCAUUAUCCGCUUAACCUUUGAACACACGAAGAAUCUCGCACUUUUCGUGGGCGUAUACAAAUCGAUGCUGGUGAUUCUACGCACUCUUGAGCAGCAUGCACGAGGACAUAAUGGAACCACGAAUGUGGGGAAGCCUGGCGUUCCGUGGCACGCGGCUGUGGCCGGCGGCAUUGGCGGCUACUUGGUCUGGGGUCGCUACUCGGGCGUGAACUUCCAGAUCGUCAUGUACUUGAUGUCGCGCGUGCUCAUCAGCUUGGUGCGCUUGCUUGCGGCCAAGGGCUACCAACCCUUUGUGCAGUGUCGUUUCAAGCAGGCGUACCCGGUGCUCGCGACCGUCGUCUGGGCGAGCGUGAUGUGGCUCUACGAGAGCGAGCCGCAAACUCUGCACCCGUCCUUGCUCAAGAGCAUGCAGUUCCUCUAUGAUGAAUCCUGUCGCUGGGAUAACGGCGUCGUGGACUUCCUCCCCUCAGCAGCGACCACUGCUGUCUGUUUGCUGACAUGGCUGCAGGUCUAG